AAAACAUGAUCCUGAUAGUGAAAAGCCAUAUGGGCAAUAAACUCAGCAACAUCAUUGACUAUUUGCGACAGUUAGUAGAAUUUAAAUUCCUAAAGAAGGAUGAAAGAAGUUUGCAAUCCUGCACAAUUCUAGCAAAGAAGUUGUUGAAAGGCACGAGUUUGGUCCAUGCUUGGUAAAGUUGUAUGCAGUUUGUUUAAACUUCGAGAUCCUGAAACUCGAGAUCCUAGGCCAAGAGAAGGAACCAACGUAGUCCUAGUGCUUCAGCAAUUACAAGUUCAUGCAUAGAGGGAAGAAAUUUGCAACCUGCAGCAAGGGAGAAACCUUCAUGGUCUCUGAAAAUAACGCUCAAACUCGUUCCUCUUGAGGCUCUGAUGGAUGCGUUAAUGUUAGCUUUGAUGGUGUCUCCCUGUAGAGCGUGCCAAUGGGGAGGUGGAGGGGUUUAGGGUUUAGGGGGGCAUAGGCUCGGGUUGUUUGGGGCUCUGGACUCCGACUUGGGAGGUACAUAAGUGAGGCCUGUAGAACCACUUGGUUAGGGGGAGUUCUCUUGGUUUCAAACAACCACAAAUUCCUUCUUUUCCAAAUUGCCCAUAUGAGUGAGAAAAGCCAAGGGAGGCCUUCGUUAGGUAGACUUGACAUCAUAAGCUCCAACCAACAUCUGAAUGAUGAGACAUCUUUCACGGGGAUAUGGAGGCCUAGAGGAGACAAACACCAUAUUCUUUUUAACUUCAAGGCAAGUAAGUAGGACGUGGCCAACUGAUUCUGGGGCUUCCCCACACAUAGGACAGGUUUGACCCAUCUCUACUCCCCGGUGUUGUAGGUUAUGCUUCACUAGUAGCGAAUUUUAGGCAGAUCUCAAAAUAAGUUUCUUACAUCUAGGUUGGAUUUCCACGCGCCAUAGUCUUGUCCAGAACAUAUUGGAGUUGGCAUCAUAGGAGGUUGCUUCAUUCAGGUUGUUUGAAGGAGGCCCACAUCAGUUUAUCUGGCUUUGCAUGGAUGAGAAGUGGUAUCUUCAGAAUCUGUUUUGCUUCGUAGUAGGAGAAGGUCGAUGAGAUUAUAUUAGUCUUCCAUGAAUUUUUGUCCCUAUCAAUAAGGUCUGCAACCCAUGUGAGACUUUGAGGAUGUUGUCCUCUUUGCCCAGGUCUCUCAUUCAACUUUUGUGCUAGCCAAGUGUCAUGCCAAAGAGGCUCCUCCAAGUGUAGCUAGGUCGAUAUCCUUUAGCUAGGAGUGAGUUUGGAUUUGUUCUCAGAAGCCACCAUUACUUUGCUAGUAGGGCUUUGUUGAAGUUUUUGAACCUCCUGAACUCAAGACCACAUUUUGCCUUCCUCAUUGUGAUUUUCUCCCCGCUUAGCCAAUGCAUCUUCCUUUUCUCUACAUCCCCUCCCGAGUAGAAGCGGCUACUAAGGCUCUCAAUGUGAUGUGGAUGUGAGUUUGAAAAUUAAUAUGAAUAAAUGAUAAAUUUAUAAAACCAUAAUUAAAAUAGCUAUAUUUCUUGUAAAAAAAUAGCUAUAUUUGCACCGACAAUGGCAUAACCUGCGACCAACUACAAGUCCAUUCAUCUCAACGUAUAAAAGGUUUCCAAAACCUGCCAUUCUUCUCCAUUUUGCACUAAGAAUUUUCAUUUCUAACAAUUUAAUAUUUAUUCAAUACUCCAUCGCUACCAACAAAUUUUUUUGGAAACUCUUGAUCUUCACGCCUAUGGCUUCCAAUGGUGCUUCUCUGCAAACUGCUGCGGAUACAGAGAAUAGCUUGGAGAAGAUCAAGCGCCAGCUAGCUUCUGGUUCUGGUAGAAACUUGUUGCAAGGACCACUUCUCAAGCGAUCUGAAACACUAAGAAAAUGGAAUGAACGAUGGGUUAUAUUGGACCCUACAACCGGGAGAACGGAAUACAGGACAAGAAGAAAUGAACCAACUGUUAAGGGAACGAUUGUGUUUGAUGCGAAUAGCUCGAUUACUGUAUCUCCUGUGAACUUCCAUGGAUUGCCAAAGUAUGAUGGAUGCUGCAUUUAUAUUGGGACACCACAGAAAAGGGAUUACUUCCUCUGUGCUGAGACUCCUGGUGCAGCUAGAGCUUGGGUGUCAACCUUACAUGCAACCCAAUUGGUUCUAAAAGCUCACAAGGAGGCUGUGGAUUCCUUAAGCGGCAAUGGUUCCACUAAACUAGGAACUGUCGCAGCAGUUGUUGCCGCAGCCAAUUCAACGGCCGUUGAAUGUUCUAAAGAAAUUGAAGCAGCAAUGCAAAUAUCUUUACGGAACACUCUGGGAAUGAUGACAAAUAAGACAACUGAUGGUCCAAUGGAUGAUUUAACAAUCAUGAAGGAAACUCUAUUGGUCAAGGAUGAGGAGCUACAGAAUUUUGCUCGAGAUCUUCGUACCCGGGAUUCAACUAUAAGAGAUAUAGCUGAGAAACUAUCUGAGACUGCUGAAGCUGCCGAGGCAGCUGCAUCAGCGGCACAUACUAUAGAUGAGCAAUGGAGAAAUGCCUGUGAAGAAAUUGAGAGUCUGAAGAAAGACUCAGAGAAGCAGCUAGAGCUUUCUGCUCAGAAGCUAAAAGAGUAUGAAGUAAAGAUCAUAAGCUUGAGCAAAGAAAAAGAGCAGUUAAGUAAACAGAGAGAAGCUGCUACUCAGGAGGCAAACAUGUGGCGCUCUGAGCUGGGAAAAGCUAGAGAGAGUGGUGUGAUCUUAGAAGGCGCUCUUGCAAGGGCAGAAGAAAAGGUUAGGGUCGCAGAGGCAAAUGCUGAAGCUAAGAUAAAGGAGGCGGUUCAGGGAGAAUCGGCAGCAGUAAGCGAGAAGCAGGAGCUUCUUGCAUAUGUGGACAAACUCAAAGCACAACUUCAAAGACAACACAUUGAUUCAACUGAAGUUUUUGAGAAGACGGAGUCUUGCUCAGAUACAAAACAUGUGGACCUGACUGAAGAGAAUGUGGAUAAAGCAUGCUUAAGUGUUUCUAGAUCUGUUCCUGACCCGGCGGCGGCCGAGUGUGUGGUCCAGAUGCCAACAGACCAGGUGAUCAUUCAGCCUGUUGGAGACAAUGAGUGGAGUGAUAUUCAGGCAACAGAGGCAAGAGUAGCUGAUGUUCGGGAAGUUGCAUCUGAAUCUGAAGUAAGCAGCUUGGACAUUCCUGUGAUUAGCCAACAAGGUACCAAUCACCAGUGAACAAGGAGCAAACACUUUUAAUAAACCCUGAUAUAAUCCACAUUCUUCCAACAUGCAGAAUUUUUAUGUUAUAGGGAAUUUAACUACAUCAUUAUGUUGGGUGGCCAUGUAAACCUCUCCACUUCAGCUUUUAGGCUAGUGAAUGAGGUUUUAUCGUACAUACCCUUCCCUGAAAACCUGUAAAAUUUAUUUAUGUGGUAUACAAAGUUUAUUUAUACAUGUAAAAUUUGACCAAUAAACAGAUUGAUCCUCAACCAAGUGUUUGGUUAGAGAGAAACUGAGGGGAGGAAAGGGAAAAUGAGAGGGUAAAAUUUCUCUCUUCGUGUGGGGAAUGAAUAUUCUUGUGUUAAAUUUUACUUGAUUUUUUCA